CGCAGUGGCGACUCGGACCCUUUUCUGCCGGCAUACGUAGGCUGGCGGGGAGGUUGGGCGAGGACGCGCAAGGAAAACAAUUCACGGAAAUGCAGGUUUCAGAAGGUUGCGGUUGCCUUUUGGGAAAACCCUGCGUGUGGCGCGCACCGUGGAACAGAAUGAGAGGACUCAGCCCACAGGUCCUGGCUCCAGGAACCAGAUACAUCAUUUGAAGUGAGGAAAAGAUUUCAGGACCUGAAUGUUGUCAUUUGUGGGGACACCACUGACUGGAGACUUAAGAGUUCUAACCAGAGAUUUAAGGCGAUUGAAGAAGAGACUAAAGACACAGCAUCCUCAUUAGUGGCCAUUACCCAGUCACAGAAGAAAAUGAUUCAGGCCCAGUAACUAGAGAAACAGAUUAAGCAGGACCGUGUUAUUACAGGAACCACUGACACUGGAGGACGUGGCUGUGGACUUCACCUGGGAGGAGUGGCAGCUCCUCGACCCCGAUCAGAAGGACCUGUACCGGGACGUGAUGUCGGAGAACUACAGCAACCUGGUGUCAGUAGACCACAGCCCAAUUCAAAGAGCCUGCCUCUUCUGUCACUUCCCACGAACAGGGUAUCAAGUUAGCAAGCCGGAUGCUCUCUCCAGAUUGGAACAAGGAGAACCGUGGGCAGUAGAAGAUGAAGUCCACAGUCGAAUCUGUCCAGAAAUCCAGAAAGAUAACGUGCAUUUACAGGGGCACUUGCAAAAUCAAAGAUGUCUAAAGAGAAUGGGACAAUACCAUGAACAUAAUGCAUUUGGAAACAUUGUUCAUCGGCGUAAAAACAAUUUUCCUUUAAAGCAAAAUCAUAAUAUGUUUGAUUUACACGGGAAAGCAUUGAAACCAAAUGUAACUUUUGUCAACCAGAACGAAAGCUAUGAAGUAAAGAACCCUGUUAAGGUUAAUGGAGAUAUGAAAUCCUUCCUCCAUGCAAAGCAUGAGCAGUUUCGUGCCGAAAUUAAAAUUCUUGAAUGUGGAAAUUCACAACUUAUUAAACAUCAUAGAGUUGAAAAGAUAAAUAAACCCCAUGUAUGCAGUGAAUGCGGGAAAGCCUUCAUCAAGAAGUCUCGCCUUAUCUAUCAUCAGAGUGUUCAUACAGGAGAGAAACCUCAUGGAUGCAGUGUAUGUGGGAAAGCCUUCUCUAGGAAGUUCAGGCUCACUGAACAUCAGAAAACUCAUAUAGGAGAGAAACGGUAUGAGUGCACCGAAUGUGACAAAGCCUUCCCCAGGAAAUCACGGCUGCUGGCUCAUCAGAAGACACACACGGGAGAGAAACCCUAUUUAUGCGAUGAAUGUGGAAAAGGCUUCAUCAGGAAGUCUCGGCUCAUUAACCAUCAGAGAGUUCAUACAGGAGAGAAGCCUCAUGGAUGCAGUCUGUGUGACAAAGCUUUCUCCAGAAAGUUCACGCUCAUUGAACAUCAGAGAACUCAUACAGGAGAAAAACCUUAUGAAUGCACGGAGUGUGACAAAACAUUCCGCUGUAAAGCUCAGUUCAAUGCCCAUCAGAAAACUCAUACAGGAGAGAAGUCGUAUAUAUGCAGUGACUGUGGGAAAGGUUUCAUUCAUAAGAGCAAUCUCAUUGUACAUCAGCGAACACAUACAGGAGAGAAACCCUAUAUAUGCAAUGAAUGUGGAAAAGGCUUCAUCCAGAAGGGCAAUCUCCUUAUACAUCAGCGAACUCACACUGGAGAGAAGCCCUAUGUAUGCACAGACUGUGGGAAAGGUUUCAGCCAGAAAUCUUGCCUCAUGGCACAUCAGAGAUUUCACACUGGAAAGACUCCCUUUGUAUGUACCGAAUGUGGAAAAUCCUAUUCACACAAUUCAGAUCUCAUUAAGCAUCGGAGAAUUCACACAGGAGAGAAACCUUAUACAUGCAGUGAUUGUGGGAAAGACUUCAGAAAUAAGUCAUGCCUCAAUAGACAUCAAAGAACUCGUACAGGAGAGAAACCCUAUCGGUGCGCUGAUUGUGGAAAAGCUUUCUCCAACUUGUCCUGCCUUUUGUCUCAUAAGAGAAUGCCACAUGCAAGAGAGAAACAUGUAGGUUCAGUCACGUUGGAAAAUUCAUUCUGUAAGAAUCACAGCUCAUCACAGUCAAGCGAUAUAAAGGAGAAAAGCCCUGUUGGUACAGUGACCGUGCAGAUGUCUUCUGUGGCAGCUCAGACUUCAUUACACAUCAGUGGGUUUCUAGCAGAUAGGAACGUGACUAUCAUGCGACAGCCAGGUGCCAGAGGUGCACCAUCAGCAGAAGAUAGAAUUUGCACAGAGAAACCUUAUGAAUGCAGUGAUGUGGUAGUGCCUUCGGCGACCAAUUAUGUCAUAUUCUAUGUCACACAGGAAUAAACUGUGAUACAAUCAAGGUGGAAAACCUUUGAAUAAAACCUAGCUUAUUAUAUGGCCGAUAAGUGUAUACUGAGACAAGCCUGAUUACAGAGACUGGAAGAGCCUUUUGUGGAAAGACGGACCCUAUCAGUGCUUCAAAGGUCACAUAUCAGUGAGCUCAUUGGUGGCAGAAAUAUAAUGACCAUGGAAAGUCUUUUCUCAGCAUAAGACUUCAAAAGGUGGCAAAGAGUUCACACAGGAGAGAAACUGUUGGACUUUUGAAGGCAAUGAACGUGGCAGGGUUUUCAGUGGUGCGUUCUGCCCCAUCAGUUAAAUCAUAACAAGGGUUAAGAAUUUUUGAAGCAGAAUUACGCAAAUGUAACCAUUCUACUGGCCGUGGUUUCUGCCAUAUAACUCCAGUUGGAAGAGGUUUAGUUGAACAAAUUAUUAAUAUCAAAGGCAGAGAGAGGUCUAUGCGAUAGACCCGUGUAUUUUGCAUAGCCUUAUUUACUAAAUGUAAAGCCUGUUUAGCGGCAGGAGUUAAUUCUCUUGGAGAAGAGGGAUCCGAAUCUCCUCUCAAAAUAUCAAAUAAAGCCUGUAGUUGUCCUGUGGUAAUUUCUAA